AGGCUCAACUAGACUCAUCACUCAUUUGUGGUUUGGUGUAAACCGAGGCCCGAGCGCAGUCGUAUAAAACAUGGUUGCCCUAGUUACCCCUCGCUCAUCCUCUUCACUAUAUUCACGCACACCACCACCAUCAUCAUCACUCGAUUUCAAGCAAAACCAGAUGCUGAGGUUUGGAGCUCCGUUACCUACCGUUACCUCCUCAACCGCCGUUAUCAGCCGCACAUCUCCGGCGAUAACUUUUCACUUCCGGUCAACCGACGCCGCUUCUCUUCAAAACAGCAAUUUUUGCUUCCAACAGGUUGUAAGCCAUUCAUCGCGAGUGAAUUGUUAUCGAAAUAAGGCAACGGCGGAAGCUGCUGAAACAAUGGCUGGUUCUGUAGCAUCUCCGUCUGCAAGCAAGCAAGCGUUAAUUUCGUUGUCAGACAAGAAGGAUCUGGAUCUUCUUGCCACUGGACUUCAAGAAUUGGGAUAUACAAUUGUGUCAACCGGAGGAACAGCAUCUGCUUUGGAAAAAGCUGGAAUUUCUGUAACAAAAGUAGAAGAACUCACCAAGUUUCCUGAAAUGCUUGAUGGUCGUGUAAAAACUUUACAUCCUAGUGUACAUGGAGGGAUCCUUGCCAAAAGAGACCAAAGCCAUCACAUGGAAGCUCUAGAAAAACACAGUAUUAGUACAUUUGAACUAGUGGUGGUAAAUUUAUAUCCCUUUUAUGAAAAAGUUACUUCUACCGAUGGAGUUGUAUUUGAUGAUGGUAUCGAGAACAUUGAUAUCGGUGGCCCUACGAUGAUAAGAGCUGCGGCAAAGAAUCACAAGGAUGUGUUGGUAGUUGUCGACUCUCAAGAUUACCCUUUACUUCUAGAAUUCCUUAAAGGAAACAAAGAUGACCAACAUUUUAGAAGGAAACUUGCAUGGAAAGCUUUCCAACAUGUUGCCGCUUAUGAUUCUGCAGUUUCCGAGUGGCUGUGGAAGCAAACCGAAGGAGAUAAAUUUCCACCUAGCUUUACGGUGCCACUUUCACUAAAGAGUUCACUUCGAUACGGAGAAAAUCCUCAUCAGAAGGCUGCAUUUUACACUGACAGCAGCUUGUCAGAAGUUAAUGGUGGCGGUAUUGCAACAGCUAUUCAACACCAUGGGAAGGAGAUGUCAUAUAACAAUUACUUAGACGCUGAUGCAGCUUGGAAUUGUGUUUGUGAAUUUGAAAACCCCACCUGUGUUGUUGUAAAGCACACAAACCCUUGUGGGGUAGCGUCUCGUGAUGAUCUAAUUGAAGCUUAUAGAUUAGCUGUAAAAGCCGAUCCUGUCAGUGCGUUUGGUGGUAUAGUAGCCUUCAACAAAGAAGUCGAUGAGGCACUUGCUAGGGAUAUCCGAGAAUUUAGAAGCCCGACAGACGGUGAAACACGGAUGUUUUAUGAGAUUGUUGUUGCUCCUAGUUAUAGCGAAAAGGGCCUUGAAAUCCUUCGUGGCAAGUCAAAGACGUUGAGAAUUCUCGAAGCGAAGAAAAAUAGUAGAGGAAACUUAUCACUUAGACAAGUAGGCGGGGGUUGGCUAGCUCAGGAUGCAGAUGAUUUGACGCCAGAAGAAAUUAAAUUCGAUCUAGUUUCUGAAAAAUCACCAGAAGAAAGCGCGCUUAACGAUGCAAAGUUUGCAUGGUUGUGCGUCAAACAUGUUAAAAGCAAUGCCAUUGUAAUCGCAAAGAAUAACUGUAUGUUAGGAAUGGGAAGUGGACAACCGAACCGUGUGGAUAGUUUGAGAAUAGCGUUGAGGAAAGCUGGAGAAGAGGUGAAAGGAGCCGCUCUGGCUAGUGAUGCGUUUUUCCCAUUUGCAUGGAAAGAUGCAGUUGAGGAAGCAUGUGAAAGUGGGAUCGGCGUGAUUGCAGAGCCAGGUGGAAGCAUAAGAGACGCUGAUGCAAUCGAUUGUUGUAACAAAUAUAACGUUUCGCUUUUGUUUACUGGUGUGAGGCAUUUCCGACACUAAGUCGUGUAUUUGCUAGUUUUUUUUUUUUUUUUUUUUGGUCAAAGCCAGGUGUCUCAAGUAUAAGAGCUUUUAUGAACUCAACAUCUUUGAUGAACCUUGUGAGAGAAUGUACCAUCAUAAUAAUUGCUUUGUUUUGAUUUGGUAGCUAUUAUAACCAAGUUUUAUGUUA